CCUUCAGCACUCUCCCGUGUUUUUUGGUGAGCUGCAUUUCUACGAUGUCGGGCCGCGGCAAGCAGGGCGGGAAGGCGCGCGCCAAGGCCAAGUCGCGCUCGUCGCGGGCCGGGCUGCAGUUCCCUGUUGGCCGCGUGCAUCGGCUGCUGCGAAAAGGUAACUACGCGGAGCGGGUGGGCGCCGGCGCCCCGGUGUACCUGGCGGCCGUGCUGGAGUACCUGACGGCCGAGAUCCUGGAGCUGGCGGGCAACGCGGCCCGCGACAACAAGAAGACGCGCAUCAUCCCGCGCCACCUGCAGCUGGCCAUCCGCAACGACGAGGAGCUCAACAAGCUGCUGGGCAAGGUCACCAUCGCGCAGGGCGGGGUGCUGCCCAACAUCCAGGCUGUGCUGCUGCCCAAGAAGACCGACAGCCACAAGGCUAAGGCCAAGUGAGCUCGACUUAAAUCCAGAAACAAGCACAAAAGGCUCUUUUCAGAGCCACCCACGAUUUCUUUAAAAGAGUUGAUACACUUAUUACAGUUCGAAUUUUUGCAGUGAACGUU